GAAAUCUAAAUAUGGAGGUAUAUUUAUUCAAUUAGGUUAUAAGUACAUUUUACGGAAUUAUAACUAUGUCAAUUAUUUUUUAUAAAUUGCAAAUAUUAUAAAACUUAGAUACAUUUAAUAACAAUUUAUAAUAUAAAAUUUAAAUACGUUAAAUAAAAAAAUGAAGGCUUGGAAAGAAUCUGUAAGUUUAAUACUAACGGCACGUCAAAAAUAUAUACGUUCAUCACUGACAAAUUUUCAGUAUAAUUACAAUCUACUAUGCCUGAAACGUCAUCAAAAUUCAAAAUUUUUACCGAGUACAUAUGUAUUUCCUGGAGGAAUAAUAGAUCCAUCCGAUGCUGAUUUAAAAUGGCAUGAUCUUUUUUCUACCUUCGGUUUUGAUACUAAUAGUUUCACAUCUCUGACUCCAAAUACUUCUAUUCGUCCUCAAAUUUUCCAAUUUAAAUCGAAUGAAUUGCCAAAAGAAAUUUCUUUACGCAUUACUGCAAUUCGUGAGACUUUUGAAGAAUGUGGUAUACUCAUUUGCAAACAAUCUCGAGAAGAUACUUUUGGUUGGGCACAGCACAUAAAAAUUUCUAAAAGUGAAUUGCAUAAUUGGCAAACAAGAGUACAUAAUGAUGCUAGAGAAUUUUAUACAUUGUGUGAAAAUUUUAAUUGUUAUCCAGAUUUAUGGUCUCUUUAUGAAUGGAGCAAUUGGUUAACACCGACUUACUUUACUGGACGACGAUAUAAUACUGCUUUUUAUUUAGCUUGUGUUUCUUCUUUACCUCAAACUUUUCAUGAGCCAACAGAAAUAGAAGAUUUGAAAUGGGAUAUGCCCGGAAAUUUCUUAUUUUCAACUCCAAAAAUUGCAUUUCCACCACCACAACAAUAUGAAAUUGCAAGAAUAGCAAAGUUCGAAAGCAUAGACAAUUUGUUGGAUUUUGCAAUUGAUAGGAGUAAAAUAGGAGUGCUCUUAAAUAUGCCAGUAAAAGUAGAAUUAUUGGAUGGGAUUGUACAUGUUUUACCAGGAGAUUCAAUGUAUCCGAAUCAAGUUAAUUUUCUUGAUAAACAAAUUAUUAAUAGAAAUGAUAUUACUAUUCAUGAAUUUCGAGCUAUAUCUCCUAUAAAAAAUAGAAUGGAAUUUUUCAAUCUUCAAGUAAAAGAACUUUAUGUACAAAAUUUUGAUAGUGCCGAUGGCCAUUUAGCGCCUCUUCAAUUGAAAAAUAUUUCUACUGCAAUAGUACAUAAACAUAUUAAACCAUAAUAGAUUUAUUCAAUGAUGUAUAGUAGUAUCUUUUUAAUAUAUAUACGUAUUAUUUUAUUGUAUAUUAUAUUAUAACCAAGAAUUCAUUUUACCAUAUCAAAAGAUAUUGAUGAAUUAUAUACUAAGUUUUAAUAAAUAUAUAUUGAUAUUGUUUUUAAAAAAAAAAA